AUGUCAAACCCUUCAACUAAAGACACAAGAAAGUCAGACCGGGUUAACAGUUAUAAUUUUAAGACUAUCCAAUCACAUGAUUUACAUAAAGAUGAUACAAGUGAUUGUUCUGUGUCUAUAGGUAGAAUAAAUAAAUACGAUUUUCCUUACAAAAAUAAAUAUGCAUCUAUUUUGCCUGCUAAUCUCGAGCUUAGCACAACACAUUCACAUUGUGAUGACUCACAGCUUCGUUCAUCAACUAAGUCUGUGAUUGGUCGCUGUUUUUCAGUCUCACCCAACCAUCGGUUGUCACACUCGUUAUCUGUUUCUCGGGCCAAUCAAAGUAAUGCAAGGGUUGAUAUGAGUGAAAAAGUUUGCACAAUGUUUAACUCAAACAGCGUCACAAACGGACGUAUUUUUAACAAAUGUUUUUUAUGA